AUGGAAGAACUGUCUGUAGAACAAGUCAUCCCACACCACCUCUUCGAGACCUUUACACCCAUCGUAUACAGUGAGUCUGACAUCGCCGAAAAUGAGCCCUUCCCCAAGAAACCACCGACAGCAUUUCUUGCCCCUCGAGACUGGAGCCUCUACGUUCGCGUGUGUUGCCACCUGCGGCAACUGCGAACUCAGUACGGCUGUUCUGAAUACGAGGCCUACAAACAGAUCUCGGGCUCAACUGAGGAACGCCGCCGGGGUAGUCGCAUCGUGCGACUAGUGGCCGCCUUCAACCGCCUCUACAGUGAAUACGCCAUGCUUUGCGCUGCAAUGGCCUCCGCCAGGAAAGAAUCCCGGGCCCAGAACUCUUCCAAGGGUAGUUCUAGACACUGGCUUUUCAGUGGUGAUGGCAUUGGUAGGAAACGCAGUCGAAACAGUGCUUCUCGUCAUCGUCGUCGUGGUCGCAGCGGUCUCAGUAGAUCUACAACGGCCGACUGCACGGGCGCAAUCGACUCUCUCGGCGACAACUUCCGUCCAGCCCUAGGAACCUUCAGUGACAUGCCUAAAGAACGGGACCAAACCCCAACGGUGGCCUCAAUCGCCAAUACAGCAGACACCGUCUCCACGAACCUGCCGUCCAUGAAUUCAACGACUGUCCAAACAACAUCCCAUUGUACCCAAACGCUUUCCUGCAACGAGUUCGCCGUGGAACUGGAGCCCUUUCAACGGGACAAGAAGCGGUUCUUCUUGUGUAGGAAAGGCAAGCAAAAGAGUAGUAAUGGUGGCGGCAACAAGAUUGUGGGAAAAAAAGACCUCGAAGUCUAUGACUGCAUUCAGCGGCAACCGCUCGACUACUCCAUCUGGGUGAGUCAGAUAAGCGUGAAGAGAAUGAGUACCGACCAUGUGGUAACUUGGAUGUCAAACGGACCCCUGGGGGCUCUACCUAAGGGCAGUGUGGAGACGAUGCGUCUCCCAAUCGGACUGGAACUCACUCUGCCUCGGAUGCAGCGUCAGAUCGAAGUCAUAAUGUCCACCUGUAGGUUUGUCUACGAUCCCCUAGAGGUGGCAGCCGAACUGAGGACAGUAAAUUACGACACUGACGCCUGUAUAGCCUACUUUCUACAAAGCAGGGAAUUAAGAGAGAUCAUUCAGGAAUUCCUGCCCACAAGGACACUUCGACCCAACGAGGUACUUCGGCACAGCCCCACAGCAGGACAGAAUCCCUCCGAGGGCUUGGAGUACGAGCUGUCGAGAACACCGGUACCCCCUGAAGAACGAGAGGCCCGAACUAAACUGCGUAGCCUGCCGAGGGCGAGACUGGAGUCUGCACUGCUCACAUAUCAUCGUAAGUUGACCCACCUGAAGAAGGCUGUUGGGGAUGCGAAUCGGAGACUAAAACGGCUUCAGGGCUUCGCUGGUGGCCUCUCAUCUGUCUUCCUUCAGCUCUUACCGAACGCGGCGGGAAAAUUGGAUCAAAGCGCUGUAGGGCCUGAGAGCAGUACGGAAAACCAGACCGCACUUUAUACCCAACUAAAGCAACUAUCUAGUGAGAACAGCACCCUGAAGGAGACCCUUCGUCUGGAGAUGGAGCGACGUAUGUCCAUCUUCAAUAUGAUGCAGGAGUACCUGGGGAACAUCCGCGUCUACUGUCGUUGCAGAGCCAUUCCGCAGGCGGGCAACUGCGUUGAGGUGACCUCUUCUGACACUAUCCACCUCCUUAACGGUACAAGCAUUGAGGACUAUCGUUUCGACCGUGUCUUUGACAUCACAGCGACUCAGGCAGAGGUCUUCAACGAACUCAUGCCUCUUAUUCACUCCUUUAUGGAUGGGUUUAACGUCUGCUUCCUGGCCUACGGCGGUGAGGCAAGUGGUAAGACCUACACCCUGUUGGGGGGCUCAGACGGUCUACAGGAGAGUCGAGGCAUAGUUCAACGAGCCCUGAACUGCGUGCUCGCUGAAAGUGCAGUUAAGCACAGCGAGUGGGACAUCGGUCUGGCGGUGGCCGUAGUGGAGGUCUACAACGACGUCUUCAUCGACCUCCUCAGUGGAGAGACAGGGGUUCACGUGAGAGUGGACCUGGGUGUGGACAGAAUGAUGGAGGGCCUGCGCACCGUACCUAUUCAGUCUGGUGGCGAUAUUGAGAGUUUGUUGGAACUGUGCAAAUCGCGCCGCCGAGUCGGUAAGACGGCGCUCAAUCCCGCCUCUUCACGCUCCCAUCUCAUCAUGCUGGCGAGACUGCAGGCUCGCAGCCGUCUCCACGAAAAGUGCAUCUCCUCCGUGCUAGCGCUCUGCGACUUGGCCGGAUUUGAGGACAUAAUCAAGGCGGACACACUGAGCGACCAGACACUGGCAAAGGAGGCCGGCUUCAUCAACCGCUCUCUCACCGCCUUCAACAGGGUAUUCUCCUCGCUUCGCACCCAAGACCCCAUGGCGGUCUCCUACCGGGACAGCAAACUGACGUACCUGCUGAAACCCUUCUUUACAAACUCCGGGAAGUGCAUCCUCAUUGUGACCGUACGCACCGACAGAGCGAACCUGCCCUCCACGCAGGGAACCCUACGAUUUGGGCGUGACUCCAGAGCCGUGAGUCUCGGACGCGCCCGACGACAGAUCAGCGUCGAGCGUCUGAUGCAGGACAAUAAGGCCUUCUACUAA